AUGCCAGCAAACGCACGGGUGACACUUUGCUACGGACCUUAUGAAUCAAAUGGAGUCGUAAAGCACAGGACGUCCCGCCUUCAGGGUCUCAAGGCUGCUCUGAGAGCGCGCGGGCACCAGUGCGUCUGGGAAGAAACGAGCCAGCGGAACAUGGUGGAGCUCGUGGUCAACGGGGAGACCGUCUUCACCUGUGAUAUCAAGCAGCUGGAGUUUGGUGGAGAUGGUAAACUGGACCCUGUUUGCAAAGAAGCUGUUGCUGCUGUGGAGAAUGCCCACUGAAGAUAACAGAAAGCCACUCAGCUUUUAAAUAAAAUAGAAUAAAUACAUACAGUACAAGUAAAAGUUUGGAUACAUCGAAUUGGCUACAUUAACUUUAUUGCAAUUUUAUUUGUAUUGUUAAAUGAAUUCACAGGUGUGCUGGUGAUGGGCUGGAUUUAUAGCUAGCCCCUGUGGGCCACUGCCCCGGGGCCCCAUACCCACAGGGCCCUCAAAACUUCCCACAUUCGCUGUAUGGGAGUUGGUGUUGGUAAUUUAGUUAAGUGCAUAUUUGUUAGGUUAUUUACACCAUAAAA